AUGGCAGUAUGUGACUUCGACAUGCGAUUCACCUCUGUAGUAGUCGGGUGGCCAGGUUCUGCACAUGACACAAGGAUAUUCAGAGACACACUUGACAAGUACAAGAAGAGAUUUCCACACCCUCCAGCAGGCAAAUAUUAUCUUGUCGAUUCUGGCUAUCCCAAUGACACCGGCUAUCUUGCACCAUACAGAGGACAAAAAUAUCAUCUACCUGAGUUCCGCAUGGGGCGACCACCAAGUGGUAAAGAAGAGUUGUUCAACUUUGCUCAUUCCUCACUCCGUAAUGUAAAUGAGCGCUCAUUUGGUGUGUUGAAGCAAAAGUGGCGCAUCUUAUUGGAUAUCCCGAGUUAUCCAGUAAAGAAGCAAACCAAGAUUAUCAUCGCUUGCAUGGCACUUCAUAACUUCAUUAGAGAGAGUGAGAUAUUCGAUGAGAAUUUUGAUAAGUGUGACCGUGAUGAGGACUACAUGCCACCAGGGCAUGUGGUUGUCACAAAUGGGUGGAACCAUGAGGGACAAGGCAAUGUGAACAUGAAUGCCACUCGUGAAGCUAUUGCGAACGGAUUGAUGGCCGAUAGGGAAUAA